AUGUCGUUCCUGGAGACGCAGGAGUUGAAAGUGGACGUGCAUCCUGGCCACAUUUACGUGAAGAUCAAGGGCAAGAUCCUUCAGCUCGUCCUUCCCGAGGAGGUGUCUCCAGACAAGACCACCGUUCAAAGGUCGCAAGUCACCGGACAGCUCCUCGUUACCAUGCCCAAGGUACGUAUCCGUGAGCCAUUGCACUACACCAAGCAUGUGGUGACCCUCUCACUUUUAGAGUGA